GGGUUUUUACUCCACUUUUUCAUUUACACGCAAUGCAGCAAAGAAUAUUGAGACGCACGAGCUUCGGCGGUUCUUCAGGAAGCUUACGACGUUCUAGUAUAUCAUCAAAGGAUAUACAAGCCAUACAAAUGGCGUUGAUGAAACAACAUGUACCGACCGAACAAGUUGUAUGCUUAUUAAUUGCUCUACCAAUAUUUUCUUUUUUCUACCUAUUUCUUAUCUAUCAACAUCAAGGUAGCUUCUCGUCGGCAAUAUCAGCUCUUUUGUCAAGACAAUUCCUAAUAACUUUACUACCGCCGCUGUUUGACGUAGUGGCUUGGAAGUUCAUACUAGUGUUUUUCUCCCUACAACUAAUAUUUCAUUGGGUUUUACCACAAGAUACUGUAGUACUGAUAAAGUCAGGCGGAAACACGCGGAAAUCCGUGAACAGCUUUAGUUCUUGCCUACUACUAUGUUUACUUUAUGUGAUGGGCAGUGGCCUAGGAAUGUACCGACAUGAUCUUGUAUUUAUUCACUUUUCUUCCAUCAUAAUGUGUCUAGCAAUCGUCUGCAUUGCAACUUUUACUUUUAUGCUGAUCUCUUAUCGAUAUGGUGACUACUAUAAUGUUACCACGAUCUCCGAGUUCUGCUUUGGUGUAGAACUACAUCCAAUAAUUCUUGAUAUUGAUGUGAAGCAUUUUGUUCGUUCUCGUAUUACGUUCGUCUUAUGGCCACUAUUUAUCAUUUCGGCAGUUUAUUAUCAAAGGAAUAUGUAUGGCAAGAUUACGAGGGGGUUGCUGGGAUGCAGUAUCGUGCAAAUGGUUUAUAUAAUUAAAUACCAUUGGACUGAAUAUUUGGCGCUAAAUUCGCUCGACUAUAGAUGUGCAAAUUGUGGUUUUUACAAAUUAUGGAGUGAUAUGGUGCUAUUUCCCAUACUCUAUUGCUCACCGAUAGCUAUCAUUGCCCAAACCCAAAGAUCCAUUUCUAUUAUAACUAGUGGUUUUCUGUCAAUAGCAGCAGUAGUUUUAAUUGUUAUGACUACCAUUAUUGACCAUCAAAAAUAUGAAUUCAGAAGAUCCAAAGGCGAUAUCAAAAUUCAUGGAGUUGAUCCGUUCUUCAUUACUGCCAAAUACAAGAAUGAUAAUGGUGACACAGCCGCAAAUUUGUUAUUGGGGAGCGGCUACUGGUCGAUAAGUCGCCAUCCGAACUACAUUUGUGAAGCUGUCACAUUUGCCGUAUUCUCGGCAUUUCAAGGUCCUGCAACGCUUGCCUGCCAUUUACCGGCCAUUUUCAUCGCAGUAUUUCUCUUUGUUCGACUAAUGAACGAUGAGACACGGUGUUUGGCGAAAUAUGGCCAAUCAUGGAUACAACAUUGUAAUAAAGUGCCGUUUCGAAUACUACCUGGGAUAUAUUAA